AUGCCACAACAGGGAAUUCAUCAAGGUGUAGUGGAUACAAACAACAUUGAGAAAUAUCGAAGGCUAAACCCUCGUGCUUUCAAUGGGGGUUUUGACCCAUUGGUGGCGGAAGAUUGGAUAAAAGAGACAGAAAAAUUAUUUGAAGUAAUAACCAUGACCACGGAACAGAAGGUACAACUGGCUACGUUCAUGUUAAGAGGAUCCACUAAGCGCUGGUGGAAAUUAAAAAGAGGAGCUCUUAUCUCCCUAAUCACUUGGGAGGUGUUUCUAGAAGCUUUCAAUGCAGAGCAUUUUCCAGAUUUCCUGAGGCAGCAGAAGGAAACAGAGUUUAUCGAACUUAGACAAAGAAGAUUGUUUGUGGUGAAGUAUACUAAGAGAUACAUGGAUUUGGGCCGGUUUGCGCUCGAGGUUAUGAUGAAUGAGGCAAAGAAGGCCCGAAGGUUCGAGAAGGGGUUGCGGUCAGAAUUGUAUCACCAGGUGGCUAUGUUUGCGUUACCUACAUAUCAGAUGGUAUUGGAAAAAGCACAGUUGAUAGAGGCACUGUAUAAGGAACAUGUUGAGAAUAAUAAGGGAUCUUCCAGUUAUAGACAACCACCACCAUCAUCCGGCCAAACAGAGAAGAGGCAGAGAAUGGCACAAGAUUCUGCCUCAAGUCAUCAAGUGUCUCUGAGUAAAUGA